UCUGCACAGCACCAGGCACUUCGGCUUCUCCUGAUGCCCUGACCCUGCACUGCUGGGGACGUCUGGGCUUUGAAGGCAGAACUGUGAGAUUUCUGUUCCCCUAAAUUUCACAAAGCCUCCGCUUUUGGCUGCAAAGGGACCAGCACGUGGUGUGGAGAUGGGGAACAUGGACGGGAAAACCGUGGAGGAGCUGAGCACCACCGAGUGCCACCAGUGGUACAAGAAGUUCAUGACAGAGUGUCCUUCUGGCCAGCUCACCCUCUACGAGUUCAAACAGUUUUUUGGCUUGAAAAACCUGAGUCCGGCAGCGAACAAAUACGUUGAGCAAAUGUUUGAGACGUUUGACUUUAAUAAGGAUGGCUACAUAGAUUUCAUGGAAUAUGUGGCAGCUCUGAGCCUGGUGCUGAAGGGGAAGGUGGAUCAGAAGCUGAGGUGGUAUUUCAAGCUCUACGACGUGGAUGGGAACGGCUGCAUCGACCGGGCUGAGCUGCUGAACAUCAUCAAAGCCAUUCGAUCCAUCAACCGCUGCAACGAGAAGAUGACGGCAGAGGAGUUCACAGACAUGGUGUUCAACAAAAUCGACAUAAAUGGAGAUGGCGAGCUGUCCCUGGAGGAGUUCAUGGAGGGCGUGCAGAAGGACGAGAUGCUGCUGGACAUCCUCACCCGCAGCCUGGACCUGACCCACAUCGUGCGCCUGAUCCAGAACGACGGCAAGAACCCUCACGAGGGCGGGCAGGACGCCCAGGCUGCCCCGUAGCUCCCGGGACGCUUUCCCCUGGCCUCCCCUGGCACCGCCAGCUCGGAUGGGGCCGUGGGGCUGUGGGGCCGCAGCUCCCCACUGACAGACCUGUGCCCGGGCAGCGAGAGGAGAGGCCUCUGCAGGGAGGGCUGCAGAGCUGGGCUCGUCCCACACGGACCCGCAGA